ACUUUUCAAAAUAUGUAACUGACAGAAGUACUUUCUAAAUUUUCGUUUCAAAAUUUCCUGUAACAAAUAUAAGCAAUGGGGGAACUUAAAAAGGCGGAUAUUAGCGCAUCCCAUUACCCACCAACAUUAGAAGCAUUUUUUAUGGGAGCAGAGCCCCCUGAACAAGGGGGCUAUAUAGACCGCCGUAGUUAUUUCGACAACUACCGAAAUGAAGUCUUAUCUAGAUUAAAAGUGCCUAAAGAUGACUGGGACGAUUUUGAGACCAUGUACACACCUCAUCCUGAUGCAUCGAUUUAUAAGAAAUCCGGCAAGUAUCUUAGAUUUCCACAGUCAGAUAUUAGUAUGUUGGAUGCUGGUAGACAACAAGAAGUGGAUAAUUUCUACGUGGCGUGUCAAAUGCACAGAGAACAAUACAAGGAUUACACAGGCUCUUUACAUCCGCUGGACUACUUCAAAUCAGCAGAUUAUUUAUACCAAUGUCCUAAAGAUCCUACAAGCGUAUACAUGAAGUACCCUGUAUAUUAUACGAAAUACAAAGAUCCUUUGGUGUUUCCCCUCUCUUAUGGAAGAACUAAAAGAUUGCCACCUUUGCCAGGGAGGGCACUGACAGGGGUGUAUGAAAGAACCAGCUAUGUAGGACGUUGCUGAACAGCAAAAUCAAAAGCCUGAAUAGCUUAAAAAUCAAAAUGCGGUACAUUAUUGUUGUGAUUAUUGUUUAUUAUAUAUAUUUUUUUAUAAUUCACGACAUAAAAUACAAUAAAAAAAUUACAAUAAAGUUAUAAAA